AGGUUAAACCAGCUCAUUUGGGUUAAAAGAUAACUUCACGUGGAUUACAAUAACAUUUAGACUGCAUGUUCGUUUUAUUGAUGUUUAUAAGAACUUUUUUGAGUAUACAUAAAAACUCAAUGGUCAAGUUUAAAAGCUGCAAUAAAACUAAAUCAUGAUCCUCCACACCACAUGCACGCUGUUGUAGACAGCUCCCGUAGAAGACUUUGGGUGUGUUUGACUUUUUGCAGCGCUGCGCAGACCGAUCACAGUUAUGACAUCAUAGUACCGCGAGAGCAAGUCAAAAUCACGGCUGUUAAAUCGCACUCGCGGUACUUGAUGUUGUCCGAAGAUGGGUCUGCGCAGUACCGCAUGAAGUCAAACACACGCGCCUCUUACAAACAUUUCCUCCCAUUACAAACGAACAUGCCACCCAAGAGAACAACACGAAGCAGCGCCAACAAUAAAGAACACACUGACCACAGUGUGCACGAGGAGUCUGAAGAUGCUGCACCACUUAAAACUGGCAAAAGAAAACGUUCAGCUGCAGAUAAAAAGAAAAACAAUGAACAAACAUGCAAGGCAUCUUACUGGUUGAUGAAAUCUGAACCUGAGAGUCGGAUUGAAAAUGGAGUGGAUGUGAAGUUUGGAAUUGAGGACCUGAAAGCCUUACCCAAUCAAACAGGAUGCUGGGAUGGAGUGAGAAAUUAUCAGGCACGCAACUUCAUGAGAGAUAUGAAGGUGGGCCAGCAGGCUUUCUUCUACCACAGUAACUGUAAAGAGCCGGGCAUCGCUGGUCUCAUGAAGAUUGCAAAGGAGGCUUAUGUGGACCAUACCCAAUUUGAUAAAAAAGAUCCACAUUAUGAUCCUUCCAGCAAACCAGAUAACCCUAAAUGGAGUAUGGUGGAUGUUCAGUUUGAAAGGAUGGUUAAGCGUUUCAUCCCUCUAUCUGAACUGAAGAAACUUCACAUGCAGCACAAGACUAAUGGUGGUCCUCUGAAGGAUAUGGCCCUCUUUACCAGAGCUAGACUAUCAGUUCAACCUCUCACUGCAGAGGAAUUUGAUUUUGUCCUGAGUUUGGAGAAUGAAGAUCCAGUAUGAACGUCACCCACAAAAAUCUGUCCAGUUCUCUUACAUUUCUCUCGUCUUUAAACAUUUUAUAGUUAUUGAUUUGUUCUGUAUAAUCUAUAUUGUUGUAACCUCCAAAUCACUUAAGUAUUAAUAAAAACUUAAAAAAAAAUUGCCAAUAAAAAUA